CCGCCCCACGCUUCCCCAGGUGCCGCACCCUCUAGGUGUUCCGUGAAAUUUCCAGGGCAUUUUAGGCCUGGAAACCGUCUCGCAACUCGUCCUUCCAAGCGCCCAGGAGGAAGAGGCUGAUUACACCCCCACCACCGACCGUGUACGCAUGCGUGGGACUGGGUUGCUAGCGUGCGUGUGACGUCACGGGCGCGCCAGUCUGAACGCUUCCUAGUUUCUCUUUAGAGCGCUGGUCAAUUUCCACGUACGUUUGGAGUUCGUUGCUUGGGUACAAGUGAUGACUAACUUAAAGGAAAGGAAAAGCAAAACUAAAUCAAAGAAGCUUAAAGCAAAUUAUUGACUACAUUUUGGAUAAAACGCUGGGCUUUGUGUUUUCAGCAGUAAGCUAUCAACUUCCCUAACUGAAUUUGCUUUCCACGGCACUGUGAAGCAGAUCUGAUAUGCCACUUGAAUUAAUAAAAGAAGUCAAAGGAGUGCCUGAAGUUGAUCUGCUAAGUAAAUUACACAAAGUAGAUUUCAGAUACCUACAGCCAGGUUGUGAUUAUAGCAGGAAAUAUAUCGAGGGAAAACUCUCACUUAUCUCUUCUUUAACUUAUGGUGGAAACAGAAGAGCUGUUUUGAAGAUUGGACUACAAGAACAAGAAAAUUCAAAUUCGGAGAUCAACACCAUCAGUGUAUUAUUUUUUGGAAAAUUAGCAAAGGACUGUGCUAAAGUUUUCUAUGAAGGGGACACCAUUGCAGUGGCCGGAUUUGUUAUUUUGUCAGCAUCUUCAUCUACAAGCAGAGAUGGUAAACUUUGCUUAUUUUUGAAAGCAUCUGAGGACUUCAAAUCAACUGUUUAUGUUUAUGUUAAAUCCGUAAGAGAUUUUUCUACAGAAUCAAUGUCUUUGGUUCCAGCCACACAUUAUGUAUAUACACCCCUGAAUCAACUUAAGAGUGGCAUGAUUGUCAACGUCUAUGGUGUUGUGAAGUUCUUUAAGCCUCCAUAUCUGAGCAAAGGAACUGAUUAUUGCUCAGUUGUAACAAUUGUGGACCAGACGCAUGUAAAGUUAACCUGCCUGUUCUUUAGUGGAAAUUAUGAAGCCCUUCCAAUGAUUUAUAAAAAUGGAGAUAUUGUUCGCUUUCACAGGCUGAAGAUCCAAGUAUAUAAAAAGGAGACUCAAGGUAUCACCAGCUCUGGCUUUGCGUCUUUGACAUUUGAGGGAACUUUGGGAGCUCCUAUCAUACCUCGUACUUCAAGCAAGUGUUUUAACUUCACCGCUGAGGACCACAAAAUGGUAGAAGCCUUACGUGUUUGGGCAUCUACUCAUAUUUCACCUUCUUCAACGUUAGUGAAAUUGUGUGAUGUCCAGCCAAUGCAGUAUUUUGACCUGACUUGUCAGCUCUUGGGCAAAGCAGAAGUGGAUGGAGCAUCAUUUCUUCUAAAGGUGUGGGAUGGCACCAAGACCCCAUUCCCAUCUUGGAGAGUCUUAAUACAAGACCUUGUUCUUGAAGGUGAUUUAAGUCACAUCCACCGGGUGCAGAAUCUGACAAUAGACAUUUUAGUCUAUGACAACCAUGUUCAAGUGGCCAAAUCUUUAAAGGUUGGAAGCUUUCUUAGAAUUUAUAGCCUCCAUACCAAACUUCAGUCAGUCAAUUCAGAGAACCUGGCAACAUUUUUAGCCCUAGAGUUUCAUCUCCAUGGAGGCACCAGUUAUGGUCGGGGAAUCAGAGUCUUGCCAGAAAGUAACUCUGAUGUGGAUCAACUGAAAAAGGUUUUAGAAUCUGUAGAUUUGCCAGCCAAUCAGUGUUUAGAUGGUAUAUGUCAAUCAGAACAUGAGGACAGCUUUUCAAAUAUUUCAAGCUCUGGAUCAGUAUCACUAUAUGAGGUAGAAAGAUGUCAACAACUAUCGGCUACAAUACUUACGGAUUAUCAGUAUUUGGAGAAAACCCCACUGUGUGCUAUUUUGAAACAAAAAGCUCCUCAACAAUAUCGUAUCCGAGCAAAAUUGAGGUCAUAUAAGCCCAGAAGACUCUUUCAGUCUGUUAAACUUUAUUGUCUUAAGUGUCAUUCACUGCAAGAAGUUCCACAUGAGGGUGAUUUGGAUAUAAUUUUGCAAGAGGGUGCAACCAAAACCCCAGAUAGCAAACUACAAAAUACAUCAUUAUAUGAUUCAAAAAUCUGGACCACUAAAGAUCAAGGAGAACGAAAAGUAGCUGUUCAUUUUGUGAAAAAUAAUGGUAUUCUCCCACUUUCAAAUGACUGUCUAAUUUUGAUAGAAGGAGGUACACUUAAUGAAAUCUGCAAACUCUCAAACAAGUUUCAUAGUGUAAUUCCUGUGAGAUCUGGCCACGAAGACCUGGAAGUCCUCGACCUUUCAGCACCAUUCCUUAUACAAGGAAAAAUACAUCACUAUGGGUGUAAACAGUGUUCUAGUUUGAGACCAAUACAGAAUCUAAAUUCCCUGGUUGAUAAAACAUCGUGGAUUCCUUCUUCUGUGGCAGAAGUACUGGGUAUUGUACCUCUCCAACAUGUGUUUGUGAUGACAUUUACUCUUGAUGAUGGAACAGGAGUAUUGGAAGCUUACCUCAUGGAUUCUGAAAAAUUUUUCCAGAUUCCAGCAUCAGAAGUCCUAAUGAAUGAUGGCCUUCAGCAAAGUAUGGAUAUGAUCAUGGAUAUGUUUUGUCCUCCAGGAGUAAAAAUUGAUGCAUAUCCAUGGUUGGAAUGCUUCAUCAAGUCGUAUAAUGUCACAAGUGGAGCGGAGCAGCAAAUUUGCUAUCAGAUUUUUGACACCACAGUUGCAGAAGAUCUUAUCUAAUUUUGACAUUCAACUUAGCAUAUGUAAAAUGCUAUAAUUUUGGAAAACAUUACUAUUUUCUAUGAGAUUGCUAUAAAAGACAUAAGAGAUUUUAGCUCU